AUGCAACAAGAAGAAUUGAGACUUUAUGCUUUUGGUUUUAAUGGCUUUAAGCAGAUAGAUGGCGACAGCACCGCCACUAUCAUUUCCUCGCCCAAAUGUUACGUGGGUAUAAGCAAAGUGCUUUAUGUAGGAUGGGAAACAACCAUUCUGAUGGAUGCUAAACACAAUGUACUGAUACUCGGCUUCAAACCAGCUUGGUUUUCUCGUUUUGAGUCUGCUUGUGCGAACAGAAAGCUAAAAAGUGUCUUUGGCGACCCAAACAAAUUUCUGGGCUUUGUAGACGAAUACAACAACCUAUCCAUCAUCACAGAAGCACCAGAAAACAGCGAGAUAGAUAUUCUAUCAAAUAUUGUGAAAGCAGUGUUCUGUCAACAUCUUGAUACCCUUAUACUGCUCGAUACGUAUGGACAAGUACAGCAGUGCAGAUACAAUAAUAUUAAAAACACAAUCGAGCCUAUUUCUUUUCUCAGCAAGGUUAAGGAUCUAUGUGCGUCGAAAUCUCACGUAUUAUUCGCAACCUCGUCCAACGAUCUUCCAAUUUAUGGAAUGGGGUCGAACCGAUUAUCACAGUUGGGCAUAGAUUACCAUGAACUGCAAGCCUCUGAUACACCUACUUUGAUAGAGUAUUUUUGUGGACUAAACCUUCCAACAAAUAAUAUUGCGUGUGGGCCGUUUCAUUCAGCUGUUGUACGGGGCAAUGAGUUAUACACAUUUGGAUGGAGCAAAGAUGGUAGACUGGGAUGGGGAAGCAACAAUGAGAAUAACGAUGGCGAUAUUGUAUCCUUAUCGAGUUUCCUGGAUUGUAACGAUCAACCCGUCAUACUAGAUAAUGAUAACGACAAAGCCAAUGAUUCCCUAUCUAUAAAGCAAACAGCGUGCGGAACCAACCAUACAGUAGCUAUAGACGAAAAGGGUCGAGUUUGGACUUGCGGUAGCAAUAAGUAUGGCCAGUUGGGUCGUAACGUCAUUGGAGACGUUGACAAAUAUUUCAAAGAAUGUAGAUUGUUCAAUAUCAAUUCUGAAAAAGCAAUAGAUUGCUAUGCAGGCAACUGGUCGACAUUUAUUUUGACAAAGGCGUUGAACUAA